AUUUUAUAUAACCACAAUAUGAAUAAUUCAGGAUCAAGAGGAUUCUUCUCAAGACUUUUCGGUAGAAGUUCAACUCCAGCUGCUCCCACUAGCUCCAGUAAGGUAUUCUUAGAAGUCUCUGCUGAAGGAGAUAAGGUCGGUAGAAUGGAAUUUGCCCUUUAUGAUAAGGAUUGCCCAAAGACAUGCGAAAACUUCAGAAAGCUUUGCACUGGUGAGAACAGACAGAAAUAUACAUACAAAGGAUCCUUCUUCCAUAGGAUCAUCAACGGGUUCAUGGCCCAAGGUGGAGAUUUUACCAACCAUAACGGCACUGGAGGAGUUUCUAUAUUCGGAAGAAAGUUCCCAGAUGAGAACUUAACUUUGCAGCAUACCAAGAGAGGAAUGCUAUCCAUGGCAAAUGCUGGACCAAACACAAACGGCUCUCAAUUCUUCAUCCUCUUCGCUCCUGCUCCAUGGCUUGAUGGUAAGCAUGUAGUCUUUGGAGAAAUGACAGACGGAGAACAAGUCCUUAGUGCUCUUGAGAAAUCUGGAACACAAUCAGGUCAGCCUCUUUACAGAUUCAAGAUCGAAGAUUGUGGAGAAGUCAAGAAGGAAGAUGUUGAGUAG